AUGGCUAAGGAUAAGAAGGGUAGCAAGGCUGCCGCUGUCGCUCCACAAGUCGCUAAGCCGACCGAGAAGGUGAAGGCAGGUCGCGUGACCAAGCCGUCCGAGACUCCAAAGGCCGCAUCCAAGGUUUCUGCCAAGGAGACCGCCAAGGUUGUCGAGAAGAAGAAGAGCAAGAAGUCGAAGAAGGAGCCUACUCCCGAGCCAUCUUCUGAGGAGGAGGAAGCAACCAGCGACAGCUCUGCCAGCAGCGAAGACGAAGAGGAGACCGUCCCAGUCAAGACCGGUUCAAAGACCAACGGCGCCGCCGCCAAGGACGACAGCAGUGACGAUGACUCGGACGAUGAGGAUGAGGCUCCACCAGCGAAGGCCGCAGCUCCCAAGGCCAACGGCAAAGCUAAUGGUGCUGUGAACGGAAAGGCCAAGGCAGACUCGAGCGAUGAGGACGACAGCGACGACGACGAGGAGGAUGUCAAGGCUGGUGCAGUCAAGGACACCAAGAUGGCCGACGCCGAUGACGACUCCAGCGACGACUCCGAGGAAGAUGAUGAUGAUGAGGCCGCCGCCAAGCUCAAGCCUAAUGGCGAGGCUGAGGAGGAUGACGACGAGGAUGACUCAGAUGACAGCGACGAUGAAGAGGAAGAGGAGAAGCCUGCCGCUGAGGAGAAGCCAAGCAAGAAGCGCAAGGCUGAGGCCGAGACUCAGUCUACUCCCAAGCGCAGCAAGGUCAUGAUCGACGGCGAGAUGAAGGAUGCCACCAACAACCUAUUCGUUGGCCAGCUCAGCUGGAACAUGGAUGAGGAGUGGCUUACCCGCGAGUUCGAAGAGUUCGGCGAGCUCACUGGUGUCCGCAUUAUCACGGACCGUGACUCUGGCAGGAGCAAGGGCUUCGGCUACAUCGAGUUCAAGGACGUUGAAAGCGCCAUUGCCGCCGUUGAGGCCAAGAACGGCACUGAGCUUGAUGGUCGCAACAUCCGCCUGGACUUCAGCCAGCCACGUGCUGAGCGCGACAACAACCAGACUCCUCAACAGAAGGGCGCUGCCCGUGCUCAGCAGUAUGGCGACACACCCAAGGAGCCAAGCUCGACUUUGUUCGUCGGCAACGUUAGCUUCGAGGCCGAUGAGAACAUGGUCACCGAGAUGUUCUCCGAGUACGGUACCAUCAAGGCUGUCCGUCUCCCUACCGAUCGCGACACUGGUGCUUUGAAGGGCUUCGGCUACGUCGAGAUGUCUUCCAUCGAUGAGGCUACUGCUGCUUUCGAGGCUGUGCAGGGCGCUGAUCUUGCUGGCCGUCCAGUGCGUCUUGACUAUGCUUCCGCUCGUCCUGAUAACGGUGGUUCAGGCGGUCGAGGUGGCUUCGGCGACCGCGGUGGACGUGGUGGCCGUGGCGGAUUCGAUCGUGGCGGGCGUGGGGGAGGACGUGGCCGCGGCGGCUUUGGAGACCGCGGUGGGCGCGGCGGAGGCCGUGGUCGCGGCGGAUUUGGGGAUCGCGGGGGCCGUGGCGGUGGACGCGGCGGCACCACUAACCGCGGCGGCUUUGGUGACUUCAGCGGCAAGAAGAUGACGUUCUAG